AGCCUGCUGGAGCAGCUGGAGCGGGCCAGGGGACAGCUCGGGGACAGCGAGCGCGUCUCGGCGCAAAGAGUGGAAGCUCUGAGCCAGGAAAUACAGAAGUUGAAUCGGCAACUAGAGGAGAAAAAUGGAGAGAUACAGCAAAUGAUAAAUCAGCCUCCAUAUGAAAAGGAGAGAGAAAUCCUACGACUUCAGAAGAGCUUGGCAGAGAGAGAGAAGGCUCAGGCCACCAGCGAUGUUUUGUGCCGUUCACUCACUGAUGAAACUCACCAGCUUCAACGCAAAUUGGCAUCCACAGCAGAAAUGUGUCAACAUCUGGCAAAAUGUCUAGAAGCGAAGCAAAGAAAAGAGAAGGGGAAUUCGGAUGACCAGAUAACUACUGAAAGAUCUAAUCAGCUUUUAGACAAUGAAACUUCACUUCAAGCUCUUAUCUGCAACCUACAAGAUGAAAACAGGAUGUUAAAACAAAAAGUAGCUCAUGUGGAAGACUUAAAUGCAAAAUGGCAGAAAUACGAUGCGAGUAGGGAUGAGUAUGUGAAGCGACUCCACUUGCAGCUAAAAGAGAUGAAGUCUCAGCUGGAACAGCAGCAUGGUGUAACUUCAGCCCAAACGAAUUCUGACCUGAUGCACAAGGAGAUACUCCGGUUAAACAAGCUGCUGGAAGAAAAAAUGAAUGAGUACAUAAAAACAAAGAGAGAAUUGGAAGAUGUGAAGAAGGCUAGUGAAGGAUAUAAUGAGCGCAUACAAAUGCUGGAGCAACAGGUCCUAGUUUAUAAAGAUGAUUUCACAUCUGAGAGAUCAGACAGAGAACGAGCACAGAGUAAAAUACAAGAGCUUCAGGCGGAAGUUGCAUGUCUGCAACACCAGCUAGCAAGACGACAGGACUUGAGAGACACAAGUAAUCAUUUAAGGGUUUACAAAAAUCAAAAUCAUACGUACGUACAGACGAACGUUGAACAUCUGCGAGGCAGCAGCCCAGGCCAAACAGGCAUCAGAAGAACAUCUUCACAGUCUGAACAAGCGUCUCCUGCGGACAAUGGAAACUCAGGAUCCGAGGGCAGGGCACAGGGUGAACUUAGAUGCCCUCAUUGUAUGAGGUUUUUCAGCGAUGAACUCAGUGAUGAAUUCCUCAAGCAUGUUGCUGAAUGUUGUCAGUGA